CUCUUUUAUAAAGUUUUCAUUAGAUUUCACAAUUUUGCAAAAUACUGCUACUAAGUACAAACUAGUUUGAAUUGACUGGUACUAUCUUUCACGGGCAAUCUCUACUAUUGUCUACGUACAAAUAAAUAAAUCCUUAUAAACAAAUGCAGAAAUAUUAAUUACUCCCACAUGAUAUGCAGGGUUAGUGGGUUACAAUAUGCGAAAAACUCAAGUUUUGAAAGAUAGAUCAGGAAAAUAAAUAUCAACGGAAAUUGAAAAAAAACAUAUCAUGAUAUUUCUUAUUUUAUAUACUGUUUUGGACAUGAAUAUCCAAAUAUCAUAUGAUGAUACAUUAUAGGUUACGACUAUAAAUAAUUGAAAGGAAGAACAGAACAUGUGGGAGAUGGGAAGCAAAAGAGUUAGGCAAGGGACCCACUUUCCCAUGAGGUAACGCCACAAUAAUUACUCCAAAAUUUUCGGUUCUCGUCUCGUAAUCAUCCGUCGGUGAUCUCUCCAUUUCACUUUUGACAAAAAAUUUUAAUUAUUAAUCUCUUGUUAAGUUUAUGAUAAUAAUGAUAAACCCUUUCUCCAACUUAUUUGUUUGCUAAAUAAAUCAUAACAUGUCAUUAACCAUUUAAAUAAUAAUAGAUGGGAUCUAGAAACGAACCAUCCUUCUUUAAGGUGUAUUUUUGUGUCACCUGAUUGAUUUUGCAUGUGCUAUGCCUAUGCCUUUUUUCUAUAAUUUAAUUAAUUUGACUGUAUUACCAGCUUUGUUAAACAAACUAAAAAUCUUUACCACGUUAAUUAAAAUGGUAAAGCUUUAUAUUAUUUUCUUACACGGACAUAUAUUCCUCCCUCUCAUCCAUUCAAAUGGAUCAUAUAUUUGACUGAUCUGUUACCUUAUUUAUAUUCAAAAGUGUCCCUAAAAUAUUAAUGAGUAUUUACAUUUGUAAGUUGAAUGGGUUUCAGCAAAGUCCAUGUAAAUAUUGAGGUUACUAAAAUGUUUCGUUAAUACAUUAUUUACUUUCCUCUAAAAUCGAUUAGAGAUUUUUUUCUUUAAAGCUAAGAAAUGUUUUGAAAAGAAAAGCAGUUUCCAUACUUCUUUUUCGUUACAUUUAAUAUUAAAAAAAAAUCUCUGAAAAGAGAAGAAGAAACCGAGGAGACAUUGAAAACUCCCAUCUAUCUACCUUUUUAUCUUCUUCCCCCCUCCCUUCUCUCUCUCUAUCUCUGUUUCUCUCCCAAAGUUGAACCUGCAAAUCCCUAACUCCAUAUCUCUCCAAAGUAUAUUGAAAAGGAAGGAAGCAUGAAUUGGUUACCUGAAGAGGAAUUCAAUGACAGUUUCUUUGAUGAUCUCAUCAACCAUAUCAAUUUUCCACUUGAAGACACCACCACCAAUGGUGGUGAGGGAGAAGAUUGGGAAUCCAAAUUUCAACACCUAGAGCCUCCUCCCAUGGACUUGUUUACUACUUUCCCCUCUGAGUUCACCUCCUCUUAUGGCAUUAACAAGGAGGUUGCCCAUGUACCUGUGUUGAAACAGUCCAGCUCUUCAUCACCUCCUGAUGUUAAAGUCUCUAAGCUUUUCCAGUCUUCAAGCCCAGUGUCAGUACUUGAGAGCAGUGAUGGUUCUUUCUCUCCACAGAACUUAAUAUCUCAGAGUUUGUCUUUCCCUGUGAAAGGCAUGAGAAGCAAGCGCAAACGCCCCACAGCACAGAGAUUAAGAUUCCUUUACCCGUUUGAAGCCAGUAAGCCCGAGAGUUACUACUCUUCUGAGCAACAUGCCAAGAAGAAACGCAAGACCAGCCACACAGAGGCGAGUAGCUAUGAUGAUGGGAUAGUGAGGAGAUGCACUCAUUGCGAGACUACCAAGACUCCUCAGUGGAGGGAAGGGCCCAAUGGGCCAAAGACCCUCUGCAACGCUUGUGGGGUCCGGUUCAGGUCUGGCCGUCUAGUUCCAGAGUACAGACCAGCCUCAAGCCCGACUUUCAUCCCAUCUCUGCAUUCAAACUCACACAGGAAGAUCAUUGAGAUGAGGAGGAAGGAAGGUGAUGAGUUUGACAACAGCAUGAUUCACUCCAAGGCAUAAAGACAAGAGUACUGAGGCAGCUUUGAGUUUGGUCUUCGCAAGUUUGAAACUGAUGAACUCACUGCAGGGAAGAGAUGGUAUAAAAAAGUAGGGUUAGUGACUAUUAUAAAAUCUGAUGAAGAGAGUCUUAGGGUGGUUUAGUUUAGGUCUAUUACAUAGUGUUGUCUUAUUAUGUUUCUUUAUGUGGCUCUCCCUAUAUGUUUGCAGAAGCCUAUGUUUGCAUUUUUUUAAUUUUUGGUUUAGCUCUUUGAAAUAACAUUAUUCUUUUAUUCUUCA